UCCGCACCAUGUACCUGGGGAUCCAGAGCCAACGGCAGAAGGAACACCAGCGACGCUUCUACUGGGCUAUGAUGUAUGAAUAUGCAGACGUCAACAUGUUGCGCCUCCUGGAGACCUUCCUGGAGAGCGCCCCCCAACUGGUGCUACAGCUCUGCAUAAUGAUCCAGGAGAACAGCGCCGAGACGCUGCCCUGUGUCUCCUCUGUGACUUCCCUGAUGUCCCUGGCUUGGGUGCUAGCCUCCUAUCACAAGCUGCUGCGGGACUCCAGGGACGACAAGAAGAGUAUGAGCUACAGAGGGGCCCUCAUCCACCUCUUCUGGCGCCUCUUCACCAUCUCAUCCAGAGUUAUCUCUUUUGCCCUCUUUGCUUCCAUCUUCCAGCUCUACUUCGGGAUCUUCGUGGUGGUUCACUGGUGCGCCAUGGCCUUCUGGAUCAUCCAUGGCGGAACAGACUUCUGCAUGUCCAAGUGGGAGGAGAUCCUCUUCAACAUGGUGGUAGGGAUUGUGUACAUUUUCUGCUGGUUUAACGUCAAGGAAGGGCGGACUCGAUAUCGAAUGUUUGCAUAUUACACGAUAGUCUUGACCGAGAAUGCUGCCUUGACGUUCCUUUGGUAUUUUUACAGAAACCCGGAGACCACUGACUUCUAUGCGGUGCCAGCACUGUGUUGUGUCUUUAUUAGCUUUGUGGCUGGGAUCGCACUGAUGCUCUUAUAUUAUGGUGUGCUGCAUCCCAUGGGGCCGCGAGCUAAGAUCUUUGCCAGCUCCUGUUGUGCCGAGCUGCUCUGGGGCAUCCCUUUGCCCCCCGAUGUUGAGCCCAUGGCGCCUCAGACCCCUGGGUACCGGGGGACCCAGGUCACGCCUACCAGAGCCGUAACGGAACAACAGGAGGAUCUCACGGCUGACACUUGCUUGCCCGUUUUCCAAGUGAGACCCAUGGGGCCCUCCACCCCGUCGGGGCGUCCUUACCACCCAGAAGGGCCCCUCAUUAAGAUUGACAUGCCAAGGAAGAGAUACCCAGCUUGGGAUGCUCAUUUUGUAGACAGGAGGUUGAGAAGGACUAUUAACAUUCUGCAGUAUGUCACCCCCACCGCGGUAGGCAUUCGGUAUCGAGAUGGACCGCUCCUUUAUGAGUUGCUACAGUAUGAGUCUUCACUCUAAGAGCGUCUUGACCCAAGUUGAGAAGGGGACCUUAAGUUGGUUUGCGGUUAACACCGCUUGCAAGAAAUAUAACCCUCCCUUCUCCCAAUACACAAAAUCACAACCACCACCACCAUCACCACCUCCACCACCACCGCUACAAAAAAAAAGAAAAUAAUACGUCACAACCCCUUCAGAUAAGCUUUCUUUCCAGUCGCUGUAUGUAUACAAAGAUAUUCUCUAUGUUUUGUAAGUAAAAACAAAAAGAAGACCUUUCUUUUGUUUUUUACACAUAAGAAACAGUAUUGAAAAUCCCACACUAUUGUUCAUAGGGUGGAGAAGGAGGAGCUGUCUCCACUCCAAAAGAAAAAAAAAAUGUUUUAUACCUUACACCAAGUGUAGAUCAUUUAUGGGAUUGGUGCUGAUUGAAAGAACAAAACAAACAAAACAAAACAAAAUAAAACAAACACAAACAAACAAACAAACAAACAAACCUUCAACUGCCUUAUGCCCUUAGGUGCUGAGUUUCAUUAAGUACUGUCACGUUUUUCUCACGCAAAACUCUCUGGUGGUUUUGGCACCAAGAGAGGGGAAAUUAAACAAUCAAAUGAAACAAAUCUAGAAACGAAAACGAAAACCAACCGACAAAUAAAACACAAAGCAAUUAUUCUUCCUAUCUGACUAUUUGUAUUGAAGAAAACAAAUUCACCAAAAGCAAAGGCAUAGAAACCCCAAUUUCUGUUCCGUUUCACUCCUUGCUCUCCCGUCCCUGUCCCCAGCUUAACAGCACCUUCUAGGAGCCAAAUGGCCAUUUGGAACUCAAAUGGCUGGGAAAGCUCCUUGAAGGUUGAUUUGUGCCAUUUACCAUUCACCUAGUUCGGAUCACAUUUGUUUCCUGGUGAAAAGCAAAACAGAAUAAAACAAACAAACAAACAAAAAACCCACCCCAAUCAUUCAAUGAGAACAGGAAAUUCUAAAGCAAAUUAAAGAUUUCCAUCUAUUUAAUCAAAGAAAAUCAGUAAUAAUAAAACUCAGCAUAGUAGCAAAAAGAACAACAUCAAUUUAAAGGCACAAUACUUAAUCAGUGACUGGCAAAAAACGAUUUUGGUCUGUCCUUUUAAGGCCGUGAAAGGUAUACAUUUAUCACACGUGAUAUUGUGUAAGGCCUCUUCUGUUUCCAUUUGGUGGGAAGCCUUAAAUUGAUCUGGAAAGAAUUCUUCAUUCUUCAUUUGUGUUUUUUAAAAAUAUUAACACAGAGGAAAAUUAGAUUAUAUAUAUAUAUAUAAAAAAAACCACCAUGUCAAAUUGAAUAACUGACCCAUUUCAAAGACUGUUUGGUGCUUCUGUCUUUCACCAUUGUGGUUGGCUGAAACUCAUUCAGCUCACUUGGUGCAUCUGGGGUGAGUGGGAAAUUGUGUGUGUGUGUGUGUGUGUGUGUGUGUGUGUGUGUCCACAGCACACGUAUAUUUGUGUGUAUGUGUCUGCUGCAAGGUCUUGCCAGAAAUGUGGAAAACUGCUCUAAGGCAGACUCUGGGUAUGCUAAGGUGGAGUGUAAGAGGGCUAGGGAGGGGGGAGCAGGAAGGAGGGGGUGGUGCUGGAAUAUGAGCCCCUGUCUGGAUGGCGAGACUCACACCAGCAGCAUAUUCUGGGUCUUAGAGGCCGUGUCAUUUGGGUGAAGAUUUAUUAUUUUUCUCAUUGUACCAAAUUGAAUUUUGAGAGGUGUUGCAAUAUGUUCAACCAUUUUUUAAAUGUUAUUUUUCAAAGUAUUGCUCCUGUAAGGAAUAUUCUGUUCUAGGACAUCGUUUCAAUCCCAUUGUAUCUCUACUUGGGCAC